GUGUGCUGCUCGGUGAGUGUUCGGGUGUUGGAGUUUGACAUUUUUAAUCAUUGUGUUUUCUUGUAGUUUCAGGUUGGAUCACAGCCACAAACAACCUCCAUACAAGAUCUGACUGGACAUGCAGCACAAUCUCCUCUCAUGCAGUCUGCCGUGGUGCAACACGUGCUGCAGAUGGGGUUUGAUCGCAGUCUGAUCGAGAGUUUGGUUCGUAGCAAGUACCUGAUGUGUGGGAGCCAGUACAGCUCAGUCAGUGACCUACUCUCUGAUCUCCUGGGAGCUGAGGAGGGAGGGAGAGAAAGGAGACCGCAAAACACAGGGAGUGACCAGAGGCAAUGGGAAGCCGGACCUGCCCUCAGUGAGCAGAGGGGGGCAACAACACAGAGAACGGACUUGAGUGCUGAAGAACAACUACGGCAACUCAAGAUUGAACGAACCUGCAAAGUGUGCCUGGAUAAAGAGGUCUCCAUUGUCUUUAUACCUUGUGGACACUUGGUGGUGUGCAACGACUGUGCUCCUAAUCUCCGGACGUGUCCAAUAUGUCGAGCGAUCAUCAGGGGCAGUGUACGAGCCUUCAUGUCCUAACAUUAGCAGCUUUUUCCAGUGAAGAUAGAAUCCCUCCCUGAGGAUCUGAAUAGACUUGUGCAGCGGACAGACGAGGACUUUUAAUGUCCUGAGUGCAGAGAACCCAUGUGAUCACGAAUGUAAAUGGUGACCUUGGAGACUGGCGUUCAUCGAUGACGACGGUUGGUAGAUCUGGGGGUGGAGGAGGGUCGUCCAAAGAAGACUCCAGCAGCUGACAGCAUUUCCCCUGCAAUCGCACUGCAGCUCCCCCUCAAACCUCUCACUUGCCCGUGUUGUCAUUUUGCUGUUGACUGCAUGACAAGAGAAUGGUGAAGUGUAGCAAAUUAGUGUGUAUUGGUAAUUAAAUGAUGAUCACAACA